AUGAAUACACCGCUCGUUACGGAAGUCGAGAUUAUCUAUGACCGCGAGAGCGAGUCGCCUCUUCCUCAGAGUGUUGUUGAUUUGACGUUCACGAAGGAAAGGAAGAGGGCGCGUAAGGCUCCCGAGGAUCCUGUGCUGGGUGAUGGUCUCGAUAUUGAGGAUCCCAUGGUCUCGCAUUAUGCUGAUACUGGGGGUCAACUCGCUCAAGAUGAGAAAGCAGCAAUGGACCCUUCUACUAUUUUGAAUGGGGAAGAUCGGUUGCGACAUAGUAAGCCUUUCAGCUCGGAGAAAUGCGAGGAUGAAGGGCCUAAUGAGGAUGAUUUACCAAUCUAUCUCCGUGAUGGCAUCACGGGGGAGUCGGCUUUGCAGUUGACAGAGGGUACAUGA